CUACGCGUUUGUUUGUGACAUUUUCGGCCGAAUCCCAGGCGCAUCUAAAAGUUCGAAAAUAAUUGGCUGUUCAAAGAGAAAUUCGUGAUUAAUCAGAUGCGCCUGCCGCUGCAAGAGUGCAUAUCAUUCGCUACAGUUUGUGCUUCCCUUGCUUCAUAAACUAUAGGAAAACGAAGAAAUGCUGUCUGAAAGCUGAAAAGCGCAGUUGCGAGAAUUGCAAUAGAACUGGAAGAAUUUUUCAAGCUGAUAAGAUUUUGAUGAAGGCUGUGGCAAUAUGUCUAUUGCAAAUCAACAUAUUGUAACCAAUCCUUGUCUCGAUGCUAAUGUAUCGCUUGGAAUAGACGAAGCAUGUUUCAGUAUCGUUAAUGAAUAUCAUACGCCUAUCGUAUUAUAUUCCUAUCCAUCAGAAUGCUACUUGUGCAAGAGUGUACUACAGGGUUACUUACCAGAGCAAAAAAAUACCACAUUAGUUAUACCUACAAAAUAUCCUCUGCAUAUAUUCUACGAAGAUGCACAACUGUCACAAUUUUGUCACACUACAUACAACUUUAAAGAACAUGGAAGUUAUGGAUGGAAUAUUUCUAAAGAGCAACCAUGCUCUGAAAUUUACACGAUCCAUGAGCCAGUAAAUAGUUAUCUUCCAAUAUUUGCAGCUUUCAUGGUAUAUGUCCUGUUAAUGAUUUUAUGCGCAACUUUUAAAAUUAUUAUACGUGUGAUAAAAGGAAAAUUGUCUCCAGAUAAUGUACACGAUGACUUGGACAGACUUCAAGAAGCAGAAACAUCAAAUCCAAUUAUUGGGACAAACAGAUCUAGUACUAGAAUUCGUUCAGUUGAUACAUUCCGAGGGAUUGCUAUAUUAUUAAUGAUAUUUGUCAAUAAUCAUGGUGGCGAAUAUGUGUUUUUCAAUCACAGUAUGUGGAAUGGUUUGACAGUGGCAGAUUUAGUACUACCUUGGUUUGCGUGGAUUAUGGGAUUAUCGAUUACUAUAUCAAAACGAUCUGAGUUUCGUGUAUCGAGCUCACGUAAAAAAAUUAUUUUGCGUUGCCUGCAGCGCGCGUUUAUCCUCGUACUCCUCGGACUGAUGUUAAACUCGAUUCAUUCAAAAUCGCUAAAGGAUCUUCGUUUUCCGGGUGUCCUUCAAUUGUUGGCUAUAUCGUAUUUCAUAUGUGCCACAAUCGAGACUAUAUUUAUGAAGAUACAUUCUCAGGACGAUUUAUUACAGUUUGGUCGGUUCACUAUUCUGCGAGAUAUCCUGAGUAAUUGGGCGCAAUGGUUGAUCAUUUUGGCAAUUGUAGCGACGCAUACUCUAAUCACGUUUCUCCUGCCUGUUCCAAACUGUCCAAGAGGAUAUUUAGGGCCUGGUGGUUAUUCCCAUUUUGGACAAUUUCAAAACUGUACUGGAGGUGCAGUUGGUUAUAUAGAUAGACUUGUCUUUGGAAGUCAUAUGUAUUCCAAAACACAUAAUCCUGUAUAUGGUACUAUCUUACCUCACGAUCCUGAAGGUAUAAUGAACACUAUGUCUAUAAUACUUGUUGUAUACUUGGGUGUCCAUGCCGGAAAAAUCUUAUUACUCUACUACCAAUGCAAUGCUAGGGUAGUACGCUGGUUAUUAUGGUCAGGUGUUACGGGUAUUAUUGCUGGAGUAUUAUGUAAUUUUGAUAAAGAAUCUGGAGUGAUACCAGUCAGUAAGAAAAUGAUGUCACUUUCAUUUGUUUUGACUGUAUCGUGUUUUGCAUUUUUAUUAUAUACAAUCUUACAUUUCUUUGUCGAUUAUAAACAAUAUUGGAGUGGAGCACCAUUUAUUUAUGCAGGUUUAAAUCCGAUUACUCUCUAUAUCGGUCAUACUAUUACCAUGGGAUUAUUCCCAUGGGCUUGGAAAUUGAUGCAUCCUACACAUUGGUCAGUCCUUGCUAUGAAUUUAUGGACUACAACUUUGUGGGGUAUUAUCGCAUAUUGGCUUUAUUGGAAGGACAUUAUUAUAUCCAUUUAAAGCUAUUAAAAAUAAAGUUAUUAAAAAUUGAUUCAUAAAGUAACAUAGAUCCGUAAAGGUUUAAGUAAAUUAUUGAAGGUUGUUAUACUUUGUGUGAAUAUACAUGCUUAUAGAAUUAUGUGAAUAAUGAAGCAAAUAUUCAAAGUUAUGUGAUAAAAAAAAAAUGACAAAACAAAAAGAGAAGAUAGCUUUAUUGCAUAGACCAGCAUUAUAUAUAUAAUCAUUGCUCAUUAACAAAUUUUGUAAAAUAAUAUAAUAAUUUUGAAAA